AUGAAUUCGUACCCUCCAGAGUUGCUUGUACAGCUGGCUCCCGUGAUGUUCGUGGCUGGCCUCGACGUUCCCAAUCCGAAUCCAGCUACACCUUCGACAGAGCCAGAAAUAAUUGUCGCAUCUCCCUCUCCGACACCACCAUCUGUUCGUCCACAACAAGACCCUUUCACUAUCUUGAUCUUACGUCUCCGAGACGCGCUCAACGCUCAACGCAAAGUGGCAGUGUGGCAACCAGAGAAGGCAAAGACAUUUCAAGUCGUUCUCGCUGUCAAUUUUCCGCCACGCAAACUCAUUCCACCAGACGCCGACGUACACCAUUCAACUGUUGCUCACUCUCCCCUCUCGCCCCUCACUCCCUCGUCACCAUUGCAUCCAGACGGUCUCAUCGCACCGAUCUGGAUUCGAAAACACACGGCCCUCGUCCCGUCUGUCUUUGUUUUGUUCAUCCGACUUUAUGAGACCCCUGCACAAGGUCCUCGAUCCCCUCUCGAUAUUGUCGACCCGGAACGGGAAAGAGAGAGGGAGCAAGAGGAGCGGCGGAAGGAUGCCGAUCUGAGCGCGGAGGUGGCGUUGAGGAAGAAGGCGACGAACGAACGAGGAAUCAAAUUGACGGUCGUGCUCAUUGCGAGCAGGAAGAUGUUAGAUGAUCCUGCGCUGGAUGCCAGGCUGACUUUUAUUCGGAGACAAAGUGGCUUGGACUCGAGAGCCGCCCUCUUCGUUUUAAGCCCAGUAAGUCCAGCAGAGCUAAGCGAUUUCGUGAAAAGCCUCCAACAGGCCUUAUACGAACCUGCCGUAGACUACUACACAAACCACUCCAAACGGGUCCGACGGAAACGGAAUCGCCACACACAGGCUACAUCCUCUUACGUCGGUCUCAUUUCGCCCGCGAGUGUGGCAAACAUCGCUCGUCCACUUAGGCCAGAAGGAUGGACGGUGCGGUACGAAUACAAGAUGGCAUGUUUUGCAGAGUUCAGAGGCGAGGAUGAGGUCGCGCUCAAACAUUACCAGGAUUCGUAUUCGACACUGGUGAUUAUGUUCGGUUCGACAGCUAUCUUACCGCCGAGGACGAAGAGGUGGGCUGAAGCCAAGGUUUUGGCCGAUUGCAUCAAUAUCAAGAUAUGCAAGCUCUACCUGUAUAACAAUGAACACGCCUUAGCACUCUCGCAACACACAAUACACAUGAGAAAAUUCGGUGACUUUUCCAGAGGAUGGGGAAUCGGCGAAGAUACUUUUGAGUUCUGGAGCUGGAUCGCACGGCAACAUCGCGUCUUCGCCGAACUCCUCGAACAGGGCACACGCUCGACACUCAUCAUUCCAUCACACCUUCCUCUCACCACGGCGUCGUCCUCCGCGAGCUCUCUCGCUGCCGCAUCGUCCGCGUUGGAAGUGGAUGCGAUGCGGGUGUUAGGCCUGAAUCCGAGCCAUGCGUUGCAGCAUCCGGGGUUCUCAUAUUAUAUGGCAGCGAGGGCGACGGAGAAGAGGAGGGAGAGGUUGAUGGCUAUGAUCGAAACGGUGAUUACAUCUGAACAGAAUUUGAACAAUUCACCUGGGUUUGCAAAUGAGAGGAAGGUCGAUCAUCUAACGAUAAUUCUCGAGCUCUUCACGAAAUCGUAUGAACUCUUCAAAAAGUACUCCCUCCCCAAUGGCCAAGGUCAAGGUCGUCUCACGUUACGUAUCGCAUACCGCAUAGCGCAAACAUACUACGAGGCGGGUAAAUUCGAUAUGGCUGUGAGGUUCUUUGAGCGUAUUGCACGAACAUACAGGAGGGAGAAAUGGGGUUCCAUGCUGAGGCCUCUCCUGUCGACAUGGUACGCUUGCGCGCAACAGUUGGGUGAUGUGGAGUUGAGCGUGAAGCUGUUGGUUGAGAUGCUUGCCCAUGGAAUGGCGUUCAGCUCGGAUGAAGAGGAAGGAGCUGCGGAAGAGGAUCUGCUCGCCGUACUCAAGAGCACAGUACCAUCUUCACCAGACGAGCCUUUAGUGGUCGACCUCUCCGAUUCUGAAUCAAUAUUCACCUCAACAACGGUAUUCUGGGACUCGGAAACGAGUGUCGAUGUACCCUCAGCAUUUCAGAUCUCUUUGAACCCGCCUAGCUCUGUGUCGCUUUCCAAUUUAGCGUUUUCAUCCCUCGCUAUCACGUUCUCGCAUGAUGAACGACCACUUGUAAUAACACACUCGGACGACCAUAGUACAGAGGGUGCACUUUCCGAAGAUUUGACGAGGGUCAUUCGGGUGGGAACGAUAUCGCCUACGAGCGACACCCUAGGUCCGGAGGAUGUGAAGGCCAAUUUGAGAUGGGGAAGGGGCACCACAGUCGUCAUAUCCGGCACGGUGAUGUCCAAUAUACCAACUACAUUGAAUGUUUCAAAUAUCGUCCUGACCCUCCAAGAAAGUGCGUGGAGAAUCGAAAUUCCCAUUCAGCCGACUUCGACUAGCGAGGGUAAACCGAAAACUCCUCAGUGGCUUGCGUCUGUUGAUCCAGCGCGCUUUGUACCCGUGCGAAGGGAGCAUUGCCAUGAACUGCUCAUCCGUCAUCGCCCACAUCUCCUCCAGGUGGCUCUGAAACACUAUGCACCUGCCUUUUUGGAUGAACAGUAUCCGAUCGUAAUUGAUGUGACAAACGUGGAUACACGGCCUCUAGAUGUUGUGCUAGACGUACUCUUGCAGCCCACUGAGAUUGACGAAGCUGUCAACGAUAUUCGAAUCGAUGAGGAACGGUCGUCGGGGCUGAUCAAGGGUAUCGCCCUAGGGAUUGUUCCUCCAGGAGUCUCAGUCCUGAAGACACUCUAUCUCCACAACACAGGAGCACCAGGAGAUCGUAUACUCGAUAUCUCUAUUCAGUCUCGUUUCACCCCUUCCUCCCUAGCAUCGACACCAGACACUGUGCCUCCUAGCCCUCUCUCCCCAUCUGAUGACCACCGCGAUACUACCGAAACGCUUGAGACGCUCGUUAUACCCACUACAGAAGCUAUGAAAUUGAGCUACGACGUGAAGUACAUGAGCACGGGAACAGAGACUAGGAUGGCAGGGUUAAUGGAUCUUGAGGCGUACGUGGAUGAGUACUGGGACGAUCGCGAUGGCGGGGUCGCAUGUGUGGAAGCAAGAAUGGAGUGUGUUGGUCCAUGGAGUUUGAGCGUCGAGAAGGUCAGACUGGUGAGGAAGCCUGGACCACAUGCGAAGGUAUUAGACUGUUCAGUUGAUGAAGAUGAAGACGAAAUUGCGUCAGACUGGCUUCCUGGGGAUGAGUUUGCAGCCAUCUGCCGAAUUAGUCUUGCACCAGAAGACGAACCCGGAGAAGACGACGCGAUUGCCGGCCCAGGAGAGUAUGAGCUAUCGUGGAGGAGAGUUCUGCCGAACGGCGAACAUGGACCUCUUUGCAUCAGUACUUUUCCUCUCCCAAUACUCCAACCACCACUUGGCGGUCUGGUGGCUCUUCUAUCUAUCCCUUCAUCCGCCAAACUCCACAGGCCCUUCCAAGCGUCGCUGACCAUCCGAAAUCAUCACCCGACUCGCACUGCCACAGUCAGUGUCCAGCUGGAGCCCGACGCCACUACUGAUGCAUUCCUAGUCGCCGGCUUGCGUAGUGGACGGAUCCCCAUCUUGAUGCCAGGGGCGGAAGAAAAGUUGACGUGGACCUUUAUCCCAGUCGAAUGUGGGUUUGUGCGGAUACCCAAGAUGUUCGUUACAGACAAGAGGUUGGCGGAGCCACGUUCUGAGGACGUACUCAAGGCUCCAAGCCAGGACGAGGUCGGGAAGCCUGUGAGGAUCAUAGAUACGAGGAGAGAGUGGAGAGAUCAGGAGGAUGUUCAAGGGGCGUAUGGCACGGUGAAUGAGUUGCAGGACAUCCUGGGUGGGAGAGCACCUGGUGGUGAAAGCAUGAGUGGGAUCGAGCCAAUUCUUGUACUACCCUGA